UGUCACGUACCUGAUGGGAGAGUGAAUUGACGAGGUCUGCCUCACUUGUGUCACUAGCCCUGACCCCACUGAUGUUGGAACAGAGGGAGUCUAGGGACCAGGGGAACAAGAGCUCAGUGGUUGUUGUUUGCAGCUCUUGCAGAUGAUGACCUUGGGAGGUGGAUGAUCCUCAGAUUUGGAGACAGUAGUAAUAGGCAGAGCAGGUUUUGUGGAUUGCCAGGUGUGCAACAAAGCAAGGUAGGAAGUAAGGACAAGAGACUGGAGCAGAGUCAUGGGAUAGCCAGGGUCAUCAACAGUCAGGCAGCGCGGUACAGAAUAAGAAGGAAAAGC